CGAGUAACUCGAGUAACCCCUAACCGAGUAACUCGAGUAAUCCCUAACUGAGUAACUCGAGAAACCCUGACCGAGUAACCCCUAAUCGAGUAACUCGAGUAACCCUUGACCGAGUAACUCGAGUAACCCCUAACCUAGUAACCCCUUAAGUAAUCCUUACCGAGUGAACCCCUCGAGUAACCCCUGUCCGAACCCCUCAAGUAACCCCUGACCGAGUAACUCGAGUAACCCCUGACUAAAUAACUCGGGUAACCCCUAACAAAAUAACUCGGGUAACCCCUGCCACACGAUGUGGCCUGUUGCACCAAAAAAUUGUUAAAGCCUUUAAUAAUGCUCAAUUAUAAAAUAAAUAAAUAAAUAAAAUAUAUAUAAAAAAAAUAUAAAAUAAAAUAAAAGAAGAGCUCAUCACUGAAUUGUAGUUGUGGAUAAUGCUUCUAUAUUCGAAACAAAGAUAAAAUAGAAAGAAAAAAAACAAUUAUUACAUGGCCGACUCCUAUUCCACCACCUGUUAACAAAACUUCUGAUUAUACGCCACGAUAUGCAUACAUAUUAUAAUAAUACGAACUACAAAUUUUCUUCUAUCUUCUUGUUUUGAGGAAACAAAUAAAUAUUUUCCUCAGACAAAAAGGAAACAAAUUAAUAUGCCUACGUUGAUUACUAUUCUUAGAAACUCGAUAAUCUUAACCCCAAAAUAGAUCUUCAAUAUGAGUCGACUAGUUCAACUCGUUUCUAGCAAAUCUCCACAACUUAAUCCACUUCUUGCUUCUAUAUCUAUCAAGAAAUACAGCCAACACAAAGGAGAAGGAAAGGAAGAAACGGUGUCAUCAUCGGAAAGAGGAGAAAGGGCGCCGUCUACGGCGGAGGUGAUGCAACAAUUAACCGAUGAGAAGGAAAGAAGCUUGGAUGAAAAUUCUGAUCAAGAUAUUGUAAGUCACAACUAUGCUGAUAAGGUGAUCAAUGAUGUUGAUGAUGGUAAUGAUUAUCCUGAUGAUGUCAACGAGAAGUACAGAGCCUCGCAGUGAUAACCUUUAAUUUGGACCAACUACUAAAUAUUUUGCAUUUUUGAUAUACAUGUGCUUUCUAUUUGGAUUGAGGUAUGGAUACCUAUGGGCCCACUUUAUUCGAAAUAUCCACAUAAAAGUCUUAUGUUCUCUUGUCUGAAAGUCGAAGAACUAAUAUAGUUGUUCUACACGCUUAUGUCAUUUAUUUGGAGAUUUUGUUGUAAUAACUAGUAAAAAGAGACUAUAAAUACAAGUUUUUAAUUA